CUCGUUCGCGGGAUGCACCAUCGCCAUGGCUGUCAUCGGCGUCUACUUUUACCUGACCGAGUACGGCUCCCAGGAGGUGGUAAACAGCCUCUUCUGGCUGCCACUCACGACGCUGCUCUUGUACUAUAUAUCCUUUAACGUCGGAGCGAAUGCACUGCUGUGGGUGCUGACCAACGAGCUGGUGCCAUCGUCGGUGCGCGGACUGUGCAACUCCACAUUCAGCGUCCUCAACUCCGUGCUGACCUUCAGCAUCACCAAGCUGUUCCAGGUGGUCGGCGACUCGCUCGGGUCGUUCGUGCCGUUUUGGUUUUUCUCGGUCUUCUGCCUCCUGGGACUCAUCUUCACCUGGUUCUUCAUCCCAGAAACUAAGGGCCGUUCUCUGGAAGACAUAAAGGAGGAGAUGGAUACUAAAGCGGCUGGCACCAAAGAGUCUGCAGAAAAGGCAUAAGUCAGCAGUAUUAACAUCGGAACUGAAGAGAAAACAAAUGUUCCGCGGUACGUGUCUACCGGUAGCGAGAAGACAAUUGGCUGACAAGCGGUAGACUCUUCCAGAAGACCGAAUUUUAGACGGUCAGCAUGAGAGCGAUGUGUUUUCUGGAACUCGAAGUAGAGAUCAUCAACAAUGUUAUGAAUCUAAAGUGUAGUACCUUGUGGACAUAGAC